GAUGCAAAGAGUUCCGCUGGAGACGCCUUGAAACACGGGACUUACCACCGUCAACCUGCUAACAUGUUUCUGCAAAAAAUUGUGCUUUAUUUGUCGACAGCAUGUAUGUUUUGCUACAUGUUGGGAAAGUUUCUUAUGCUGGUGAUAUUGCAGUUUUUCUCACCAAGCCUUGCGAAGAAGUUCAUACUUCGCAUGGGUGAAAAGAUCACCAUGACCCAGAAUCCAAGGUUUAACUAUGAGGAUUGGGGUCUGACAUUUAUGUCCUUGGCAUUUAUUAAAACUGCUUCUUCUCACAUGUGGCUGUCUCUCGGAGAAGAAGCGUUUGUGGGAGGAGAAGCUCCAGACUCACCUGUGGUCACUAUGGACCGCGAGAAAACCAGCAUCUCCAAGUAUUUAAAAGGCAACAGACCGCUGGUGCUGAGUUUUGGAAGUUGCACCUGACCCCCGUUUAUGUAUAAACUUGAUGAGUUUAAGCAACUCGUCAAGGACUUCAGCGAUGUUGCCGACUUUCUUGUGAUCUACAUCGCAGAGGCUCAUUCAACAGAUGGUUGGGCCUUUAAGAACAACUAUGACAUCAACCAGCACCAGAGCCUGGAGGACAGGCUGUCUGCGGCACAGGUCCUGGUUCAGAGUGAACCCCUGUGUCCUGUGGUUGUGGAUGAAAUGACCGAUGUCACCACCAUAAAGUACGGAGCUCUGCCUGAGAGGCUUUUCAUUCUGCAGGCUGGGAAAGUGCUCUACAAGGGAGGGAAAGGGCCUUGGGGCUACAACCCAGCGGAGGUGCGAUCCUUCUUGGAGAAGAUAAAAUAAGAAGCUCUGCGCUUAUAUGAAUAAAGGUUUCUUCUUAUUAAGGGGUGGGUUUUAUCUACAUUCUAACCAGUAUACAUUACUUAUAUAGUGGGGGGAUUUUACAAUCAGGCUCUCAUGUAGUCUUAAAAAAGAUAUCAGCCUCUGAGCUUGAACUCUCCUCUCAGUGUUUAUUAAUGACGGCUACAGAUUAAACCUUUAGCCUCUGGAGCCAGAUGCAUUCAAACACAGGGAGACAGUCCACUCAGCGGUUGUGAUAAAACGGCGCGUACAGGAGAUGUAAUUUGUGUGAGCAUGCAUGUGUUUUUUGUCCAUAUUCUCUGGCCUUUUUGGUCGGUGGUGGGUUUAUUAUGGUGCAAGUUUGUCUGCAUUGUAACUGUAAUUCCACUACAUCAGCAUGUAGUUCUAUUGUCAGUCUUUCACAUUAAUCACAAAAGGUGUAGAAAUGGUGUGUAACCUUUCUGUAGUCUUAAGAGAUGUCAGCCUCUGAGCUUGCAACCCCCUCUCUGUGUUUCUCAGUGAAGGCUACAGAUUAAACCUCUGGCCUCUGGAGCCAGAUGCAUUGAAACGCAGGGAGACAGCCAACCUCAGUCAUGUCAUGUUCGUUGUAUCACAGACUAGACAGCAGAUGUAGUUUGCUUCCAUAUGUGUUUUGCUUAUGUUGCCUGGCUUCUUCAGUUAAAAUCCCUGAAGAUUUAAGGCAGUGAAAGUUUUCCCAUUUCCAGUGUCAGUUAUCAAGUGCACACUUAUGAAUUCUCCACAGUUUCUACAGGUGGCUACUAUUUACAUGACAAUGACAGUCAAAACCUCUUCUAGCUGGAAGUCUUUGAACUAUGCAGGUUAAUCUAUUAUGGGACACUUAUUGAUUUGAAUAUUCUUGGAUGUGAAGUCAUCUGGUAGCACUCCAACAUAAGAGUACUCAAUUUGUCAAAGUAAGUCAUAAAACCAGACAUGCAGCAGCACCGUAUGCUAGUUGCUUUGUGUUGUCACUGUGACUCACCCUUGACCCAUUAAAAGAGAAUAUGAUUGUUCCAAAGCUCGAGUUCUCCAUUAUUACAUAAUGUCUCUGCGUAGAAAAAAAAAUGCUUUCAGAGUUUUAAUACCAACAAAGAGCAGAUUUCUUCCACAUGAGAAUCUGCCUGUUGUUUGCUGUCUUGUCUGGAAAUGAUAAACCUUCUGCAGUGUGUGGAUUGCGCAAGUUCAGAUUCCUUUGAACACACUUUGCAGUCUGCACCUUAUACAUGUGAGCUGUGACGCACUGCAUUCAGCCACUGAUGUGAGUUAAUAUCUAACUGUUAUCUGCACAUCAGACGAUUUUGGCACCCAGUGUCCUUGUUACAUAAUCUAAUCUAAUGAGGGUUCUUAUCCAAGUGUAGUUGGUGAAAGGGCACAAGAGAGCUUUCAAGUAUUUUGAUAAAAUGUUGUAUUGGAGAAAACAAUCUGAUUUUAAUUUCCAUCCAAGCAUGAAUAAUUUGUAGUUUAACUGACUUCUUUCAUGUUUUUGUUGUAUAUCAGUGCUUAAUUUACUUGCCAGAAUACUUUGUCUCGUCUCAUAAACACGAGUGCUAAUGCGAGGCUUGUGGCAAUAUUAAAAGCAAAACUUGUUGAACUGAAA